GGCACAAUUGGGUUCGAGUGGGCAUGAACGAGCUCUGGUGAAUGAGUGGCCGUCACCAGCCCGAGGGAGGAUCGUUCUUGGGUGGACGAGCCGCGACCUGAGUCACUGUGAAUAUAAACACCUGUGUUAUCAACCCGUGUGAUUAGUCACCUGUGCUAUCAACCCGAGUGAUUAGUCACCUGUGACAUCAUGUUAAUGAGUACAGUAUACGGAGGAACCAGCAAAGCUCUCUAUCACACACGGACUGUUCACCACCUGGGUUGGCUGCCACGUAUCCCGGAGCUGGUUAAGAUGAGCGAGGAGCAGCUUCAGGGAUACCUGUGUCCUUGUCCACCUUCCCACAUAACUACUGGCUGCCCCUCGCAAGUCUUUGAGGUCGCUCGCAAGUUCUCCCAUCUCAAUAUGUGUCCUUUAAGCCCUCUGAUCUUUCCGUAGUGGUUAUAUUGGACUCUACAUGUAUCAUUUCAGUAUAUUCUUGUAAUUGGAGAUAUAUAAUUUCUUUGUCUCUUAUAUACAUAAGAGAGAGAUUGUUUCUGAAGCAUAUAUGUUAAUCAGUGCUUCUGGAGCAUAUAUGUUCAUCAGUGUGCAGCAAAAGUUCAGUGAGAGGUUGGUAAACCCCACAGACACUCCUCAGUUCACAACCCCACAAACACGCUCAAUACACAACCCCACAAACACGCUCAAUACACAACCCCACAAACACGCUCAAUACACAACCCCACAAACACGCUCAAUACACAACCCCACAAACACGCUCAAUACACAACCCCACAAACACGCUCAAUACACAACCCCACAAACACGCUCAAUACACAAACCCACAAACACGCUCAAUACACAACCCCACAAACACGCUCAAUACACAAACCCACAUACACCAUCAGUACACAAACCCUCAAGCACUUUCAGUACACAAACCGGUAAACACAGUACAUAAACCCACAACACAGUACACAAACCCAGAAACUCUGGAGGAGGAAGCCAUUGGAUUCUAUUUUACAUAAAGUGUGUACUGGUAUAUUACUGUAUUCCUUUGAAUAGUAAAUGUAACGCUCAUUCAAGUGUUUCAUUUUGCAACAAAAUCAAAUUACACAAUGUUUACUAUACUAUUAU